AUGUCCACGGCUGUCGCAUCAAUGGCCCCCGCGUCCAUCUCUACUCAUCACACGACCCGUGAUCCCAGUCCCAAAAAUACUACGGCCAUGGCCCCGUCCGCCAGCGCACCGGCGAAUUCCUCGCCUUCGCGCAUGUCGACGACAUCUCAAGAUGUUCCGUCCAAGGCUACACCGGAGCACCGCGGUCCAUCCCCACAAUCGCAAACCAGCACUGGCCCCCGCAUCCUCGUCAAGAAAGAACCGCCUUCAUCGCCACGCAUACAGAGCCGCCCACGGCCCCGCAAGCUAGACUUGUCCACCAGUCUUCCUUCCUCCAGUGGGUUACAAGUGCGCAACCCCGGAGGACCGAUGACGGCCCGUGAAGGCAUCACGAUGCAAAACGUUGGCUUGGCGUGUUUGUCCCCGGGGUUUCAAACUCAUGACCCGGUGAUGCGGGAGCAACUGCAGCGCAGCAUGUCGGUACGGGAGCAGCAGCGAUCUAUCAUCGAGGCACGGCUACACAAGUCCGCCAAGGAUGACGGUCCCGAGGGAGUCAAACCCUCCGAAUCGAAAUUCAUGGCUGUACCACCCAAGUCGAGCACCAAGCGUCGUCCUCCUGCAGGUCUUUCCAUCGUGCCGCCGUCCGCCUCUCAAUUCGCCAAUGAGCGAGUCAUUCAAUCCGCCCCUCUCAACCAGACCUUCACCGGCCGAUAUCAACCCCAGCCAUUGACCCGUCACGUCGUCAACCAGAGCCCAACCCUGGGCUCGACAUCACACAUGCACCACGUUCCCGCCACUCAGACCAAUAACCGUCUCCCUCCCAUCGCCGACGUGUUUGGAUCAGAGACACUGGGCGGUCGUGACCGAGACCGCGAGCGCGAGCGGGAGCGGGAGCGUCCCAGCAUGUACGCCCAUGCAUCCAGCUCUAAUUCGUCGCAAUCAAACAUGGCCCCCUUGCCGUCCCCCGGUCUGCCCGGACCGUCGUCCCAGACACCUCGACGACCGCGAGAGUACCGCUCGGCCGAAGAGGCGGUGCAGGAGAUGUCUGGCGGACGCGAAGAUCUGCUUCCACGCAUUGUGCACUACGGCGGUCAUCAACCUCCCACCCCUCCCUCCCCUCACCAUGGCCCAGCAUCCCAGAAGACUGCGCCCCAGAUCACUGAGCCUGCGCCCAGCGCACCCCAUGCACCGCCGCCGAUGUACCUGCCCGAAAGCACUGCGCGGCGCCGCCCCAGGAGUGAAUAUGAAUCCGACAAUGGAAGCCCACCCCUAGGCCAUGGACCCGACCCCCACGGUCGACCUAACCCGGCUACGACCAUGGGACCCAACUCUACAUUCCCAGGCCCCUUUGGUGCAGGCAGAGAUUCGCCUGAGACACAGAGGAGAAAGAAGGAAGAAUUCCUAGGUCUCUGCGCCCGGGCCUGGGAUCUCUUCCACUCCUGA